AUGGUGGACACACAGCACUUCUGUUUACGCUGGAACAACUACCAGAGCAGCAUCACGAGCGCCUUCGAGAACCUUCGGGACGACGAGGACUUCGUGGAUGUGACCCUGGCUUGCGAUGGGAAGAGCCUUAAGGCGCAUCGGGUGGUGUUAUCGGCGUGCAGCCCCUAUUUCAGAGAGCUAUUGAAAUCGACGCCCUGCAAGCACCCAGUGAUAGUGCUCCAAGACGUGGCUUUCACGGACCUGCACGCUCUGGUCGAGUUCAUCUACCACGGCGAAGUGAACGUGCACCAGCGGAGUCUCUCGUCCUUCCUCAAGACCGCAGAAGUACUUCGCGUUUCCGGUCUAACGCAAAACGAUGACGCUCAAGCGCCAUUUGUCCAGAACAUCGCACGCGCAGCCGCCGCGGCGUCGUCCCCACACACUCCGCCUCACCCCGCGCACACCCCGCACACACCGCACACGCCCCACACCCCGAACUACUCCGAGAAGCUGGAGGAGGCCCUGCUUCUCCCUCCGUCGCUCAGCCGCCGCAUCCCCCUCCCGCCGCGCCGCAUGUCCCGCUCCGCGGACAAUUCGCCGGACGUUAUCAAGCGCGCCCGCCACGAUAACAACAAUGAUCAACCGCAAAUCCAUGACUUCUCCACCAAAAACAACUCCCUGCUGAACAACAGUCGCCACGAACCGGGAAACGGCAACGGGAUUUCCAACUCCAGCUCGUCCCCGUCCCCGAAGUUGAUGGAUGACGUGAAGAAUGAGCCCCUGGACAUGAUCUGCCAGUCCAACCCCGAUAUAGACAGGAGCACCGAUGACACGCCACCGCAUUCUCAUCACAGAAUGAUGGGAGGCGGCCCACCGUCAAGAGCCAGUUCUGCUGACGCCGAUGACCGUACUCCGCCACCACAAAUGCCGCCCUCGCCAUUCAUAUCGCCAGCCGAGACCAAGCUAUUCCCGACAUCACAACAUCACAGCUUCAACUACCCUAUGCUGACGGAUUCAUCACUCACUGGUCUGCCGAGCCCUCUCCCCCCCGACGGCUUACCGGGCACCUCCCAAGGUGGCGCCCGCACCCCCCAGGAAGAGUACCGAUGCGAGCCCUGUAACAAGAGUCUCUCGUCCCUGACGCGGCUCAAACGGCAUAUACAAAACGUUCACAUGCGGCCCUCCAGGGAGCCCGUCUGUAACAUUUGCCGACGCGUGUACUCCAGCCUGAAUAGCUUGAGAAACCACAAGUCGAUCUACCACCGCAAGCAGCAGCCGCCCUCGGGCCAGGGCCCUUUCUUCCCGGUCAACUGA